GUGGUGAUCUUUCAGCACACACGCACACAUACACACACACACACGUGUCUGCCUCUGUGUGUUUGUGGGCAAGAGGCGCUUCCUGGAUGUGUGUGUAUGUGUGUGUGUGUGUGUGUGGCAUCUUCCCUGAGCAUGUGUGUGUCAGUGUCCAUACAUGUGGGGAGUGGGUUCUGGGGCGUGUGCGGUGUGUAUCUGCUGUGUGCUCCCUGGGAGAGAGUUGUUUCUGUGCGGUGUACAGCGUGUGUUUGCCUCUGCACGCGCCCGAACCUGGAUCGGUGCGUGUGGUGUGUUCCCUGAGCUCGUGCACCGUGGUCUGCGGGCGUGCUGUGUCUGUGCUGCUGGACCCGCCACGAGGAGCGUCUGCUUGAAGAGGCCCCCCAGCCUGCUGCCCUGUGCCAACUGUGCCCACUGGGAACGGGGUGCCGAACUCUGAGACCUUCCAGACAGAGGCGGCUCCCUCACACCCCGCAGUGCUGUCCAGCCUCGGGCACCCCAGGCCCCGCUGCCACCCCCAGCGCUCAGAGCUGUCCUGUUCCAAGUCAACCCGGCCAGGUCUCCAAGGCGUCCAGGAGGAAGACGCCCUUCGCCCGCUCCUCCCUACCGGUGCCGAAGUCACAGAGGCUCGGGACACUAGCUUCAGUCCCCCCGGUGCCGUGCUACGGUCCUGCUUUGCAGAGAGGGAGACUGAGGGUCAGAGAGCUUGGUGACUUGCUGUGGCCCGCAAUGCAACGCUUCAGUCGUCUCCUCUCUGAGACGCAAGUGGUCACGUAGGGGCCAGAGGCAGAGCAGGGGCAACACUGGGCCAGGGGCCCGGAUGACAGCGAUGGUGGUGGUGGUGGAUUGGAAGUCUCUUAGGUGCUAGGGAUUGUGCUCGACCUUGAGGUGGAGAAUUUCACUGAAUCUCCUCCACACACAAAAAGAAGGUACCGCGUCAUCUCCGAUCUACAGCGGGGGAACAGCGUAGGAGAGGCGUGGUGGUGGGCUGGGCGCCCCAGCCGGUUAGUGGUUGAGCUGAGACACAGAAGCAGCUUGGCCGCACCGAUGAAGGCCUUUGGAAAAGCUGGAUUUUACUCUUGCUCACUCUGUCCUUGGGCAGAACUCGUCAGAGCCUUUAAUAUGCUCACAAAUGCUGUGAAUCUCCGCGCGGGAGACAGCAAACUGUUUCCUGACUUCGAUCCCUGAGCUCUUCUUUUCCAGUAGGUUUUAUGAUGAUUAAUGCUCCACACAGUAAAUUGAGAGACGCUCAACCACCAAACCUCUGGUUUUAGGUACAGAGGCAAAUGGAGCCAAAAUGUUGUUCCUAAGGGGAUAUGGGGUAUGGCGUUGGGUCCUGACCACACCCCAUCCCAUAACAGGGUGCCACAAUAGGAAUGGGGUUUCUAGAUGACGGACCAAAGGGACAGGGAUGUGGCGGGGCCUGGAGUCCAGCUGCGGCCUCUUCUCCUGUCCCUGCAGGGUUCCUGCGCUCCCGGUGAAGAACUUGAAUGGUACCGGCCCGGUCCACCCGGCCCUGGCAGGCAUGACCGGGAUCCUACUGUGCGCCGCGGGCCUGCCAGUGUGCCUCACGCGUGCCCCAAAGCCCAUCCUGCACCCGCCACCUGUGAGCAAAAGCGAUGUCAAGCCGGUGCCCGGUGUGCCCGGUGUGUGCCGCAAGACCAAGAAGAAACACCUCAAGAAGAGUAAGAAUCCCGAGGAUGUGGUCCGAAGGUACAUGCAGAAGGUGAAAAACCCCCCUGACGAGGACUGCACCAUCUGCAUGGAGCGGCUGGUCACGGCGUCGGGCUACGAGGGCGUCCUGCGCCAGAAGGGCAGCCUCUGCUCCCAGGACGGCAGCCUGCAGUGCCCCACCUGCAAAGCUAUCUACGGGGAGAAGACGGGGACGCAGCCGCCGGGGAAGAUGGAGUUCCACCUCAUCCCCCACUCACUGCCGGGCUUCGCGGACACCCAGACCAUCCGCAUCGUCUACGACAUCCCCACGGGCAUCCAGGGCCCUGAGCACCCCAACCCCGGGAAGAAGUUCACAGCCAGAGGCUUCCCGCGCCACUGCUAUCUGCCCAACAACGAGAAGGGCCGGAAGGUUCUGCGGCUGCUCAUCACGGCCUGGGAGCGGAGGCUCAUCUUCACCGUUGGCACGUCCAACACCACCGGCGAGUCGGACACCGUGGUGUGGAACGAGAUUCACCACAAGACCGAGUUUGGAUCCAACCUCACGGGCCACGGCUACCCGGACGCCAGCUACCUAGACAACGUGCUGGCCGAGCUCACGGCCCAGGGUGUGUCCGAGGCCGUGGCCAAGGCCUGAGGCCCGAGUGUGCACACUGCCCUCCUGCUUUGCCCCUGGCUCGGCACACGCCUCCCUCCGCCAGGUGUGACCUGGCGUCCCCGGUUCGGGGCUGGGGAGGGCCCCGCACAAGGAGCUUCCGGGGAUUUUCCUGGUGGUGGCUGGGGUGAUGGGAGGCCGCCAGUUCUGUUGGCUCUGACCCACAGCUCCCUGAGAGGGCUGCAGAGAGGAGACCGGAAACCACAGCGACCCACCCCGCACACACAACACACGCCCUGGUGAACACAUGUGAACCAUGCACGCACACCCACGUGCCUCCACUCUCCCCCAGGCUGGGGAGGAGAGACAGAGACCUGAUCUCUGUGCCCUGCCGCCUCCGUGAACACUGAGGGCCUCUGGGGCUCCCCGGGGACAGAGAUCUUGGGGAGCUUGUCUCCCGGCGCUCACCCCGCUGCUUUAUCUCUGCCGCCGUGGGGGGGGCAGACCAUUGCAUAGAUUUACCCGGGGUGGGCCGGAGUGCGCAGGAUGAGAGACACGUUAUUUUGUGCCGCGUUCGUCUCUUCCUCCCCAUCCCCACCCUCUCCGAGACCUCCCAACUUUGACAUCCAAAGGCUGUCACUUCUGCCUUCAGGAGCAGGAGGAGGAGGACGCCUGGGUCAGGCCAGUGCAUUGAAAGGGAGAGAGGACAGCGAAGAGUUAAUUUCCCUCUCCUGGGGAGUGGGCCGUAGGGUGGCCCAUGGUCUCUAGCCAACCAGGGGCCUGUUGCCCAGGCAACUCACCAGCUCCGCCUCUGUUGAUUGGCUGUCUCCGUGGAAGUCAGCCAAGAUUUAAAGGGAUGCCAGCGAUUGCUCUUUUGAAAAACCGUACCAGUCCCACUGUGGGUGGAGAAAUAAAUGGUCUUUC